AAGUCUGUGAUAAAAGGGAACGAACUUGUGUCCGGUGCAUGGUGAUUGUAGUAAAUUAUAUUUUUAAAUUAAUUUGAUAUGGUUAAUAAGUUUUGGAAAGAAGUUCGGCCGGCCCUGUCAGAGCCAGUACUCAAUUGUAUUAAAAAGCAAGGGUUUAACAAAAUGACGCCUAUUCAGGCUGCAGUAAUACCACUAAUUUUGUCUUCUAAGGAUGUUGUCGCUGAAGCGGUGACCGGUUCAGGAAAAACGCUAGCGUUUGUUGUGCCAAUGUUGGAAAUGUUACUGAAAAAGCAAAAAGAGGAACCCUUAAGAAAAGACUUUGUUUAUUGUGUUAUCAUAACACCAACCCGAGAACUUGCCAAUCAGAUUUUUAAGGUAAUAAAACAGUUUCUUGAAGAGCCAGAAUUAUCUUGUAUUACUAUAUCAUUAUUGGUGGGUGGACGGUCAGUAGAAUCUGACGUUGAAAGUCUUAGUAAAGGUUCCCACAUUGCAGUGUGUACACCAGGCCGUCUUAUGGAUCUGUUGGCAGAGAGGAAACAAUUAAAUCUUCCAGGAAGACUAAAAGAAUUGGAAAUUCUGGUCCUGGAUGAAGCUGAUAGGUUACUUGACUUAGGCUUUACUGCAACCCUAACUACCAUCCUGCAGUACCUGCCACGGCAGCGUCGCACUGGCCUGUUUUCUGCCACACAAACCAAAGAACUCCAAGACCUCAUUAGAGCCGGCUUAAGGAAUCCAGUAGUCAUCAGUGUAAAAGAAAAAUCUACCAUAAGCACCCCAAUUUUAUUAGAAAACUAUUAUGUUAUAGUAGAGGCACAAGAUAAGUUCAUAUUUCUACUAAACUUCAUACGGAAUAGGAUAAUGGUAAAAGGUUUAUUCUUUCUUCCUACUUGUGCCUGUGUAGACUACUGGGCGGAUAUAUUACCGGUGUUUCUGCCAGACAAGAAAGUAUAUGCAAUACAUGGCAAGAUGAAACAGAAGAGAUCUAAAAUAUUGGAGAACUUCAGGGAAGCAGAGAACACGAUUUUGUUAUGCACAGAUUUGAUGGCUAGGGGUUUGGAUAUACCGUGCGUUGACUGGGUGGUUCAGUGGGAGCCGCCGCUGUCCCCGGCGGGGUUGGUGCACCGCGCAGGGCGGGCGGCGCGCGGGGGGGCGGCCGGCUGCUCACUGCUGCCACUCCUCACUACAGAGGAUGCGUACGUGCCCUUCAUCAAGGCCAACCAGCUUGUGCAACUCAAAGAUUGGACGCAAUCCACAGACCAGAUUAAAGUCACGCAAAAGUUAAGAGAUAAGGUUUUGUCAAUAAUGCACGAACAACAAUUAAAAGAUCGUUCCGUAUUUGACAAAGGUCAGAGAGCAUUUGUGUCUCACAUGCGUGCUUAUACUAAACAUGAAUGCAACUUGCUGCUCCAGUUCAAAGACUUGCCUCUAGGCCACAUAGCCACUAGCUAUGGUCUAAUUAAACUGCCUCUGAUGCCUGAAAUAAAACAGGAGCACAAGGAACAGUUUGUUGGACCGAAGAUAGAUAUUGAUUUCAACAGUAUAUGUUAUAAGGAUAAACAGAAGGAAGCUAGCAGGUUGAAGAAGCUAGAAGAAUAUAAGAAAACUGGUGUGUGGCCAUCCAACAAGAAGAAGAAAAUGGCGCAAACGCAGCCUUGGGAAAAAGCGAAGAUGAACAAAGAAGAGAGGAAGCAGCGAAAAAAGAAACGGAAAGAACUGAAACAGCAGAAUCCAGAAGGAAAGAGAAGCAAGAAACGGCGCGCCGUCACACAAGCAGAGCUGGACGAGUUAGCCGCCGACGUAGCGCUCAUCAAGAGACUUAAGAAGAGGAAGAUUACGCAGGAGCAGUUCGAUGAUGCUUUUGACGUCGAUAAAUAGAUAUUUUUACACA